UAUUUAUUAUUAUAAUUUUUUUUUUGGUGUUUUAGACUUUGUUUAUAAAUUUCUAGUUGAUUCUUAAGUGACAUGUUUAUCUUUUAACAAUUUGCAACUAAUUAUUAUUUAACUUUUUACAUGUGAAUUUUUUUGAAAAAAAUUUGAAAUUUCAAAGACAUACCUACGUACCCGUGUCCGAAAUUUGGACUCUUUUUAGUCAUGUCCCCGUAUCCUACGUUUAAAAAAAUAAAUUAUCCGAUACUUAGAUUUUUUACCCAUAUCCGUUAACCGUACCCAAGUUCGAGCAUCAUAGGUACUGGUGUUUUUGAUCUUGCUAGACCUUCUAUAUGUGACUUGACCUGUGUUCUCUUGGGUAUUCCUUUCUUGUCACCAGUAUGAAGUGUUCCUUUUAGUAGUUGCUAAAUGUAAAAGGGUGUCCGCUUAUUUGCAGCUUCAAUCGCCUGGUGUUUUGGCUAUUGGAAGUAGCAUGAAAGGAGAGAAUUCAUAUUCGCAUCACUUGGACUCUGAUGUUGGUGUAUCUGUUGUAGAUCGAUUCACAUUUUAUACCCUUGCUUUCUUUGAGAGGCGAAAUAUGUAUGACAAUUCCUCAUUGAGCAGCCUUUUUAGUUCAUAUAACCCAAACUUGUUGAUGUCAACUGCAUAUUAUCGAACAGAUCUUUACAGCCGGCCAUUGGAGGAGGUACCUGUGACCAAUUUCUUCGGUUCUAUCAUGGAAAUGAUCCACACUGAUUCAGCUUACCGUGCCUUCUCGGGCAAAUUCUCUAAAUCUAAAAGUGAAAUUUCUCUGGAUCAGCCAGAUGAGGACAAACAGAGAAGUCUAAAAAGUUCUGAUGUUCUUCAAGAAUUGACUGGGCCUAACAUGACUGAUAAGCAUGCUAUUUGUCCUUUUACACGCACCUGGAAUGCUAUUCUUGGUAGGAUGGAAAUGAUGAAGGAAUUAGAUAGCUUGGUGAACUAUGGUUUAAUAUUGAUGUUUUUACUCGUGACUGGUUCUUCUUGGUUUUCAAGAUGAAGGUGAUCUACUGCUGCAGUCUUUGCCUGUUAAAGCUAUCAGUUCUCACAAAUGAAAUUCAAAAAACUUGCUGAUGGCCCAGAAGAUAUGAUGUUUGUGCAAACCAGAGGACCAUCAUUGAGAUUUUCUGAAGAUUUUAUAUUGCAGAGCUGAAAUCAAUAUUGGAAGUCUUGAACAGUCAAGCUAAUCGAGUUAUACUGUGUUUCAUAUGUUGGAAAUCAUUGAAAAUGGUGCCCAGCAUCUGAUAAAGAAUUGCCGUAAACUUUCCUUGUCCAGUUCUUAAUUGAGUAAUUUUAUAGGAAUUGUGAAGUUAUAGAUGUUUGGUUCUACUGAUUGACUUUGAUCCUGAUGGUUUGUGUGAAAAUCACUUCCUUUCCAAGGUUGAAAUUUGUUACUGACAUGUAAUCAUAGCUUCAAGUGCUAGUGGGUUUGUGGUUCUAAACUAUAAUUGAUUAGCGUUUUCUUA